AUGGCCCGCCGCGGCUCCGCCCCCUCCACCGCCGCCGUCGGCCCACGGGUCGCCAGCGGUCCGCGCAAACUCACCCACUCCCAGCUGGCGGCGCAGCUACACGGACAGUUGACGGACGUCUUACGAAUGGAAUGGAGGCGGAUUAAAACCAGCAAUCUAGGUGUUCUCUCCGGCACUGCGGUCGUUGAGGAGCUCCUCCUCCGCCGCAUCCGGUCCUGGUGCUCGGAGCUGCACAUGCUGGCCAUAUCCUCUCCCACAGCAUCUUACAAACUGGGGAAGCUGUGUCAGAGUAUGGAGGGAACGGAGCUGCAGCAACUGCUGGUUAUGUUCGACCAGACGGGCCACCCAGACCUCUCCGACUUUGUUCGUGUGUUGGUGUUCAACACGGCCGACCCUGCCGCCAAGGAGGCGGUGGGGGACCUGCGGGCGCUGAGAGGGAUUAAGUCGGCGGGGAGGAGAGCUCGCAGCACUCCCAGUACGAGCGGCAGCAGCCGGCGCCGCGCCCCGCCCGUCCUCCUCCCCACCCCCCGCACCGUGUCACACGAACCCGAUGACCCCGCUUCCCUGAGGUUCGCGGGGCUUCUCCCGGAGGGCCACAGGCUGGUGGCGGGGGCGCACGCCGCGGCGGAGAGGCGGCGGCAGCGGGAGGAGGACGAGCGGCGGGCGGCGGAGGCGAGGGAGGCGAGGGCGCGGGCGCGGUUUGAGGCGGCGGGGGGCCGGCGGAGAUUGGGGCUUCACUGCGACAGGAGGUUGUCAGACUCAUCCUCCUGGUCGUCCGUACUGCGAAGUCGGUCCGACAAACAGGAGCUAUUGCCGUACUACCUGGCUGACGUGGAAGAGCAGUGGCGGCGAACCGUCGCGACCCGCGUCCCGGCGGAGGGUGUGUACGACUCGGUGAUCAUGUCGCAUGAGGCCUUGCCAGUGUACGAAUCAAUGCCGGAUGCGGCGCUUGUACGGCGGGAGGCGGAGGAGGCUGCGGCGGCGCCGCCAUCGCGUCACGGCCUGGCUGCCGGUUCCGUCAAUGCCCGGGCCGCCCAGCCAUUCUCCGGGCUCUUCAACACCUUCGGAAGCGGCGGCGGAGCCGCAGGCGGCGGCGGCGGCGGCCGGCCCAACGGCGGCAGCGGCACCGCCGCCGCCGCCAGCGGUCCCCGUCGCAUCACCUCCGGCCGCCCUGGCAGUGGCCGCGGGCCUCAGCUGCUCCCCCCGGGGGGCGAUCACUCGUCCACAUCCACGGCGGGUGGGGGACCGCCCUCG